AUGGAAGCGGAUGGUUUCGUGAGAAGGCGUCGGAUGACAGCGGAGACAGCAGGCGGGGACGCCGGGGUUGCUGGAGCCUCAGCCGGCGCAGAGGUCCGAUGGUUCGGGGGAAGGAUCUGGGGAGUGUCGGAGAGCCUCGUUGGGAAUUUGUCUCCCCGGAUCGGAGGUGAGACAGAGAUUCAGACUGUUCAGUUCAGCGACGACCCUCCUGAAAUAGCAGAUGCUUCGGAACCGGAGUAUGAGGGUUUGCCGCAAGGCGCUUCCACCAGCACCCACAUGUUUGCAGGAGCAGUGGCUGGGAUCAUGGAGCAUUGCCUGAUGUUCCCCAUCGACUGUGUCAAGGUAACGUGGUAGGCUAUGCUGGGCUAGCGUUAGCCGCUAACAAGUUAGAUAGUUAACCGUCUGGGCUUGGAACUUGGGCACAUUGCAUUAGAUGGUUGGAAAUUACUUUGCCUCGUCAUGAUGUGGCUUCAGCCACCAUGCGAAUCCGAAUGGUGGCCACCUUGUCAAUAAGUUUGUCAGUCACAGCACAGAUGAGGCAAGGUCGAAACCAGACUGGCUAACUUAGCAUGCUAACGAGCUAACUUCCAUCCACUGCGAAUUGCAUUGGCUCUAACUACUCUACUUGCAAGGUUAGGUAACGUUAACUGCAGUUAACAAGUUAGAUUUGUCACAAAAUUAGUCGCCAUAUUAAUUAGUUUAACUUUGGCAUACAGGAUUUCAUUGAAGUUGAAAGUUAAACACUUAGGAAGUGUAUUUUGCUGUGGUUGUCAUCUUCUUAGCUAGCCAUCUUAGCCUUAGGUAGCUAACGUUAGUUAGCUAACCAAACCAGCAAGGUCGGCCUCUGGCUGUGCAUCGGCUCGAGCCUGGGGGUCAAUGUUGAUUAGCUAGUACUGUAGCUAGCUAUUUAGUUAGCGCCUGAUAUAAUGGGUUUAGGCUUAACAUUUUCAUAAUGAAUCUUACUCUAUUCCCUAUUGUUAUUAGUGCUCUAUUGUCACUAGUAGUUUUUCAUACUAAUUACACGCAAAGUUACGUUAUUAUUAUUUUUGGAAAAAGAGACAGCUAGAAUGAGGCAGCACGUGUGCCCCAUUUCCUGUACAUGUAUACAAAUCACAUGAACCGCUCACUGUUGCCCACCAGCUAGCUAGGUGACUAGUAACGGUACGUGACUAUGUGAUCAAUUAGUAGCUAACGGUACUAUUGAAAACGUUCCAAACUGCUUUUAGCAUGUAUAUGGCUUCUAGGUGUAACUCCCUGUAUUUCCAAAAUAUCCCUGUAUUCAAGAAGAGAACCCACAGGUUAGAUAAACUACAGGGACCCUGGAUUCGGUCAAAUAGUCUCUAAGAUUUAGUCAAUGGGCAAGUUCGUUUUGCAUGGCCCGGUACCCGGGUGGGUGGAUAUCACAUAAAAACCAAUGGAAUGUUCAUCAAUGAGGAAACUCCGCACACCCGGGGCAUCGGGCCAUGCAAAACGAACUUGCGCAAUGCUAAUUGCUACCUGGCAGCAUUUAGAUGGGGUGAAACUGUUCUUUGUUGACAGAAAAUACAGGGCUGGAUGUUCUGGGAUUAAGAGCACAAUGCUUCUAUGUUGUUGUGCUCAUUAUGCAGAAUUAGGCUGACAAGUUGGCUCUACCACUGCACACCCUAAGAACCAUAGUUCUGUUAUUGUUAUAAUACUUUAAAUUCGUUUUGGAUGAAGUACUUCCUGGGGAUGACUUGGGUGUUAUGUAAACAAGAUGUGGUAAGUUACAUUUUGAUAGGCCCAUUCACUGAUUUAGGUCUACUCAGCAAAGAGCUGUAGCACAUGAGAGCCAUGCCAUUUGUCUGGUAUAGUCUUAUUAUGUGAUCCCUGAAGAGAUAGUCAUGAUUUGGUCCCUGAUGGAAAUGAUUGGUCCUGUUCGAGAGCAUCAAAACCGUGAUGUAUCAUGGGUCAAUUGUGACUGACUGAUCUACAAAUAAUAUUGAGUAGUUAUUUAUGAUUCAGGGAGAUUUGUAGACAGCUGCAAUGUCAAACGAUCAUUGUGUACUACUGCGCAGUUAGCAGAGACGGCGCAACCGAGUCAGUGCAGUCUGGUAGGGAGAGGAGUCAGCUGUUAGUGUCAGGUGGGAGAGCAGGGCUCUCUCAGAACAAAGCAGAGAUUCAUCCGUCUUUCCCAGCUGUAGUUCCCACCUCUGAUCCAGGUGUUGCUAACACAGCUUGGGCUUAGUCUCAGUAGUCUAAGGUGGCUUCCUCUCCCCGUCACCUCUCUUUUCACCGACAUGAAAGAACAGGACAGUCGAAUCAAAACAUGUUCCCAGUUGGCAUCCAGCCACUGUGUUGCUUUCACAUAUACUGCGUUUUCAGAUGCGCGCAGGUGAAUUAAAGUGUCUUUUAGAGUAUUGAGGUGCAGCCCAGACAGUACUUGCUGAGGAAGGGCAGCCUGAGACACACUGCACAGACUCACUGAUCUAUAAAUCAUGUCACCUGUCAAACAACAUGGCAUUAACCGUCUCUACUUAUAAACACAUUAGCAGAUCUCUACAGAGGGGACCCUAGCUCAAGCUGACAGCUGACCCCAGUGGACUAGCACUGACACAAACAAACACACACACAGUUAAUAAUCCUUGGAAAAUAGCUUGCAGUGGUUGUCACACAGAUUGCACGGUAGAGAUAAUGUCAACUUGUUGUUUACGCUCAUUCUAAAGGUUGAGGUUAGAAAGGCUCUUUCCCGGGAAGCUAAGCUCUCUGCAAUACACAACAGUCUAUAGGCUCCAGAUACCCCUGCAUCAGGGCCGAGCGAACUGUUUUCAUUUCCUUUAACAUUGAUUUAUAUCGAAGUCUCAUUGAGACAUUGACAUCAAAUAUCUUACAAGAUGGCGAUGUUACCAAAGUUUCACACACAAAUACAGGUACUGCUACAUUAUGCAUGCAUGGUUGGUUGACGUGUAGGAGUCUGGUGUUACGUCUCUUAUAGGCCCAGCAUUCCACAUAGCUUUACAGUUCCUGGACAGCACACACACACACACUGACACACACAGUGACACACACAAUGCAGCAAGCAAUCAGCAUGUGUUGUCCAUUCAGCUGUAGCCCAGGCCUCUCUUUUGGUUGUUAUUAGACCCUCUAUGCUUUUCGCUGCACUAGCUGGCCCCUGGCCUCACAGAGCGAGGAUGAACCCUGAACCUUGACACUGGCCAAGCGAUAAGGUGUGUGUGUGUAUGUGAGGUCAGGGCGUGUGAGUGCUGCUGGGGGGAAAGAGGCUUACAGGAAGGCAGCUUAUGUCCCUCUGACCUUGGGUCUCGUUGUUCAACACUUCCCUCUGUUUAACACUAGGGAUGGGCGUGAGUACUCAAUGUUCAAACAUGCAACUAUUUAGCAAGUGGAAGCACUGACAAUAUUAUCACUUGCUGUUUUUUAAUUGAUUACAACUAGUGUAUUCAUCCCACCUCUGCUCAGAUUUAAUUCUAACAUGGAAGUUGCUCAAAUGUAAUUUAAACGUUAUGGUUGGAGUAAGGUAUGGCAAGAUUAAAGAAGUGUAUGGUUAGGUUAUGACUUGGCUAACCAAUAGGUGUGUGAUCUCUAACCUCUCCCCUGUGUAGACGCGAAUGCAGAGCCUACAGCCUGAGCCUGCCGCCCGCUACCGGAAUGUGAUGGACGCGCUUCGGCGAAUCAUAACCACCGAGGGUGUCUGGCGACCAAUGAGAGGGCUGAAUGCCACGGCUGUGGGGGCGGGACCGGCGCAUGCUCUCUACUUCGCCUGCUACGAGAAACUGAAGAAGAGUCUGGGUGACAUCAUCCACCCCGGGGCUAACAGCCAUCUGGCCAACGGUAUACCGGGAACACAAAGCACACACACAAGUCAUAUACAGUGCAUUUGGAAAGUAUUCAGAUCCCUACAAUGAAGCAUGGUGGUGGCAGCAUCAUGCUGUGGGGAUGUUUUUCAGCGGCAGGGACUGGGAGACUAGUCCGGAUUGAGGGAAAGAUGAACAGAGCAAAGUACAGAGAUAUCCUUGAUGAAAACCUGCUCAGGACCUCAGACUGGGGUGAUGGUUCACCUUCCAACAGGACAACGACCCUAAGCACACAGCCAAGACAACGCAGUUGUGGUUUCGGGACAAGUGGUUUCGGGACAAGUCUCUGAAUGUCCUUGAGAGGCUGUAAUGUAACAAAGUGGAAAAAGUCAAGGGGUCUGAAUAAUUUCCGAAGGCACUGUGCACCCACAAAGCAAGCUCACAAAACGCACAUGUGCGCAUACCAAGCCUAUACUUCUCCUCUGCAACCUACAGUUUUUUCUAGUAAACACUACCAGUUAAUUUGGUGUUUCCAGUACUCUUUUUAGCAACUCAAACAAGUAGUGAAGAUUUAUUUAGCUGUUGUCCUGUAGAGAUAAUCUUGGUUCACACUGCAGAGAGGGAGAGGCCCUUUUCUUCUCUGGGCACUAAGCGGAUGCUGCUUGAACUAACCUAGAUGAACCUUGCUCUCUCUGAGUUGUGUGGGUGGGUGAGUGAGUCAGCCUGCCAGUUAUAACACCUGGGGCAGAAUGGCUGGGGAGUGGUGGUGCUACAUACCCCCUAUAGCCCCAUUUUCUGGACAGUAGAGAGGACUAAUGCCUGUGCUAUACUCCAGGCUCGCUCAUGCCCAGUACAAUAAGCAGGCCCUGGUUCUUCUCUUGGUUUCGUCCUAGGUUCCUGCCUUUCUAGGGAGUUGUUCCUAGCCACUGUGCUUCUGCAUUACUUGCUCUAAGGGUUUUUUUAGUCUGGGUAUCUGUAUAACUGCUGAUGUAAAAAGAGCUUUAGAAAAUACAUUUAAUUGAUUGAUUGGCCUGAAACUAAGUUGUUGGUCCACCCGCCAGUGUGAUGAAAAACAUCACCAGGCACUAUGGCGGUUGAUCAGCUGGUGGCGGGUGCUAAUUCCGGCCCAGCAGGGUAGUAGGAGUGGGAUCUAUCUGGCCAUGGGGCUGAUAUGACCCUGUCUGUAUGGUCAGCAUUCUGCUGAGUCAGCCAGAUUCACAAAUAGACCACUGCCAAAGACUGACUGCACGCCACGUUACGCCGGCUGGGUCCACCACUCAUCAGAGACCUUCAGAGGGGAAGGAAAGAUGCUAAUAUUACUGCAGGAAUUCUUUCUGUCACCCAUAGAGCUACAACUAGAGUAUCUGAAAAGAAAGCAGCCUGUAGUUAGAGUCAGACAAACAGUGCUCUGAGAGUUCACUAAGUCACUGCCAUCAAGGUCUGUCCACACACUGUUCAAAUUUGCAGGACACGAAACUUGAAACAGUUUACUCAGACCAAGCAAGUACUAGAGAAUCUUGCUCUAUUUAUCCCUGUUUCUGUUCUCUGCCAUUUCUUUCUCUUCCCUUCUUCCCAGGUCAGCUGUCUCUUCCUUCCCUCUUUUUUUAUUCUCUCUUCUUCCCCCCUCCCUUGUUUCCAGGUCAGGGGAGAGGCAGGGUAGGAGAUUGCAGACCUGCCCAGUAGAGGAAGAGAAGUCUUACUCUGGUCCAUCAGGAGUGAUGAUGUCCUGUUUUACCACUAGAGAGAACAUCUGGCCUCUCCUCACCCCCUCUCUCCUCCGGUCUUUCAUUCAUCUGGCCUCUCCUCACCCCCUCUCUCCUCCGGUCUUUCAUUCGUUCUCUGCGAUCUCUCUCUCUCGUUGUUUUUCACUGUUGAGGUAUGUGUUACAGGUACGGCGGGGUGUGUGGCCACAUUACUUCAUGACGCAGCCAUGAACCCAUCUGAAGGUAAAUCUCUCCAUCUAUAAAUAAUCUAUAUCUCUUUCCCUGGGUGGAGGCCAGGGACACAGGUGCUAGUCUCAGGGGUCACUGCGUUGAACCUGCUUUUCUCCAUCUGACACAUGGGGUGUAUUCAGGGGAUGUUCUUUGCUGCAGAUAAACUACUGUGUCAGAGCUCCUUCUGCAGGUGUAGCGCCUAGCUAUUCUAGGGCCUAGCCUUUUACUCUGCACUGCUAGCUAGGAGGAGAGGGCAGAGUGGAGGGGGAGACUGAGAGAAAGAUGGGAGGUAGGGUGGUGGGGGAGACUGAGAGAAAGAUGGGAGGUAGGGUGGUUGGGGGAGGAGAAUGAGGAGAAAGAGGGGAGGUAUGGUGGAGGGGGGACUGAGAAAGAUGGGAGGUAGGGUGGUGGGGGGAGACUGAGAGAAAGAGGGGAGGUAGGGUGGAGGUGGAGCCUGAGAAGAGGAGGCUUGUGGUGGUGAAGACAAGAAAAGAGGGAGGGUGCUGAGGGAGCUGAGAAGAGGGGAGGUAGGUGUGGGAGGGGGGGACUGGAGAAAUGGGAGGUAGGUGUGGUGGGGGGACGGAAAACAGAGAGGUAGGGUGGAGGGGGACUGGAGAAAGAUAGAUUGAGGUAGGGUGGAGGGGGAGACUGGAGAAAGAUAGGGUGGUGGGGGAGACAGAGAAGAGAGGGGAGGUAGGGUGAAGGGGGAGACUGAGAGAAAGAGGGGAGGUAGGGUGGUGGGGGAGACAGAGAAAGAGGGGAGGUAGGGUGGAGGGGGAGACUGAGAGAAAGAGGGGAGGUAGGGUGGAGGGGGAGACUGAGAUAAAGAGGGGAGGUAGGGUGGAGGUGGAGACUGAGAUAAAGAGGGGAGGUAGGGUGGUGGGGAGGAGCAUGGCCAAGAGCGAAAGAGGGAGAAAUAAAGACGGGGAUAUAGAGGGAGGGAGCAGGGUUGAGGGGGAGAUGUGGAGAGAGAAGCUCCCCUCGGGUCCUGUCCCUAUACUGUACCCAACCACCAGCUGUAGACUAGAGACAGGACUUUGAUGACAUGCCUGGACAGGUGCUCCUCAGGCAGCUGUUUAGGGUGGAGGCCAGGGACACAGGUGCUAGUCUCAGGGUCUAGGGUAACACACGGGUCACUGCUUUUAACUUCAACAGCCUAAAUAAAUAUGUUAAACCCUUUGAGGAUGUUAUGACUGUUCCCAUUUUUAUUAGGACAAUAAUUUGUGUAUUUCUUUAUCAUUCUCUGGACUAUGUUCCUGGUCCCUGAUGAUGGAAACACACCUGGCAAUCCUUCUUUCCAUCCCUCCGAUACUUCCCUCUGCUCACCUAUCCAUCCCUCCCAAUGCUUCCCUCUGCUCACCUAUCCAUCCCUUCCUUCCUCCCCUCUACUCACCUAUCCCUUGUUUUCUUUUAUGCUGCUCUCCUCGCUUUCUUCCCCCAUUCCUUCUCUCUCUUCCACCAUUCUCCCCUUUCUUACUCCCUCUUCGGGUCAUCUCUCUGUCCCACCUUCCGUCUCUCUGUCCCACCUUCCGUCUCUCUGUCCCACCUUCCAUCCCUCUGUCCCACCUUCCGUCUCUCUGUCCCACCUUCCGUCUCUCUGUCCCACCUUCCGUCUCUCUGUCCCACCUUCCGUCUCUCUGUCCCACCUUCCGUCUCUCUGUCCCACCUUCCGUCCCUCUGUCCCACCUUCCGUCCCUCUGUCCCACCUUCCGUCCCUCUGUCCCACCUUCCAUCUCUCUGUCCCACCUUCCAUCUCUCUGUCCCAACUUCCAUCUCUCUGUCCCAACUUCCAUCUCUCUGUCCCAACUUCCAUCUCUCUGUCCCAACUUCCGUCUCUCUGUCCCAACUUCCGUCUCUCUGUCCCAACUUCUGUCUCUCUGUCCCACCUUCCGUCCCUCUGUCCCACCUUCCAUCUCUCUGUCCCACUUUCCAUCUCUCUUCCAUCUCUCUGUCCCACCUUCCAUCUCUUUGUCCCACCUUCCGUCCCUCUGUCCCACCUUCCAUCUCUCUUUUUCUCCCUGUCCAGUGGUGAAGCAGCGUUUGCAGAUGUAUAACUCUCCGUACCGCGGUGUGAUGGACUGUGUGCGCGCCGUGUGGCAGAGCGAGGGCGCUGCAGCCUUCUACCGCUCCUACACCACACAGCUGACCAUGAACGUCCCCUUCCAGGCUCUCCACUUCAUGACCUACGAGUACCUCCAGGAGCUGCUCAACCCCCACAGACAGUACAACCCCUCCUCACACAUGGUGUCUGGGGGCCUGGCCGGGGCCAUUGCUGCUGCAGCCACCACCCCUCUGGAUGUCUGCAAGACCCUGCUCAACACCCAGGAGUCCCUGGUGGGUGUCGCCGCUGCAGGCCAGGGUGGAGGUCAGGCGCAGGGGACACACAGACACAUCACAGGCCUGGCCCAUGCCUUCCGGACAGUGUACAGGCUGGGCGGCCUGCCUGGGUUCUUUAAAGGAGUCCAGGCCAGGGUGAUCUAUCAGAUGCCCUCCACAGCCAUCAGCUGGUCCGUCUAUGAGUUCUUCAAGUACGGAAUCACCAAGCACCAGCACGAGAAGAGGAUAGCGCAGCAGAGGGAGGGAGAGAAGUAGAGGAGGAA